UAUCAAAUCACUGCGAAAGCUGCUUCUUUGAUUCAUUCGAUAUUGAUUCAUUUAUAUUAUAUUUAUUCCCUUUCGCACAUUCUCUAAUACCAUCGAAGGAGAGACAAAAAAAAGAACACAAAAAUGCCCAAAAAAACCAGCUCCAAAGCGCCCCCCAAUUCCAGCACAGACUACAAACCCGCCAACAAGCUCCGUCGACAACUCUUGCACGUCAAGCGCAAGCGCGCCAAAGAUGAAGCGCGUCGCAAGCACCGAUUCGCAAUCAAAAAGGAAGAGGCCAAGGAUCCCAGCCUGCGCGCGGAGCGACUACGGAAGAAUAUCCCCUUGACCCUCGAGCGGAAACGAGUAUGGGAUGACGCCGGUAGCGAUGUUGAGGAGGGAGGAUUGGGGCUCAGUGUCGAUGUGGAGCGCAUCAAGAGGCAGCGGAAGGAGGAGGAGGAGGAAUUGAAUCGGCCGUUGUCGAAGGAGGAACAGUCGGAGGAGGAGGAGGAGGAUGAUGAUCAGGAUGAAGUCGACAGUAUGAUCGCGACGAGCGAUGAUGAUGAUGACGAAGAGGACGACAAAGAUGAAGAUGAUAAUGAAGACUCAAAAUCAAAAGAUCGCGGCCGUCGCAAAUCUUCCAUCCCAACAGCCACCGAACGAGCAACCAGUCCGAGUCAAUCGACGCGAAGCACGAAUCUCAAUCUCGCCCCAGAAGCCCUGGCCGCCAAAUUCCCAUCUCUCUUCUCCAACGAGAUUCCCCCGACGCCCAAGAUCCUCAUCACCACCUCCAUCCAUUCGACUCUCCAUCACGAAGCCGAACUCCUCACCAGUCUGUUCCCCAACAGCGUCUACAUCCGCCGCACCGCCCACCACCACUCCUACAAGUUCUCCCUGCGCGAAAUCUGCUCCUUCGCCUCGAACCGGAACUACACGGCCGUCGUCGUCCUGCAAGAGGACCAGAAGCGUCCGUCCGGACUCACCAUCGUCCAUCUGCCCCACGGACCAAUGUUCACCUUCUCCAUCAGGAAUUGGGUCGAGGGAAAGAAACUCCCCGGCCACGGAAACCCAACCGACCAUUGGCCCGAAUUGAUCCUCAACAACUUCCGCACACCCCUCGGUAUCCUGACGGCCCAUCUCUUCCGCACGCUGUUCCCGCCCCAGCCGGAAUUCCAGGGCCGACAGGUCGUCACCUUGGCGAAUCAGCGCGACUACAUCUUCGUCCGUCGACACCGCUACGUCUUCCGCGAGAAGCGCGAGACAGAAAAGGCCGUCGUGGGCGCCGAUGGCGAGCAGAUGAAAGGCGCAGAGGGCAUCCGAGUCGGUCUGCAGGAGCUAGGUCCGCGAUUCACCCUCAAGCUCCGACGUGUCGAUAAGGGGAUCCAACGAGCCAGUGGACAGGAAUGGGAAUGGAAGGGAAGAAUGGAGAAGACGAGGACGAAGUUCCAGCUAUAGUCCUACGCAGUCUUUCUCCUCUAGUCAUCGUUCUCCACCCUUUCAUGGGCCUUCUCCAUUCGGAUCAUUCCAUCUCCUGUGAAUAUCGACCAUUUCCCUUUUCCUUCUUGUACUCUCUAGCAUCGGUUCUGGCGGGAGUUCUCUGGGUGUUUUAUCCACAUAUCAUACCUAUUGUGGUUCACAUGAGGCAGCAGUGUAUAUUUUUAAUAUAUCUUUCCUCCUUCAAAAAGUUCUCCCUGAUAGACAUAAGUAACUACUUUCAAGAAAUGAUAUGAUCCAUAAUGUAUCUAACUUGCUCGAACAAAAGAAUGAAUG